UUUUUUUACAAGAUAGAUGGAAGAAGAGAUGGAAAAUCUUUUGACAAUCAGAAUUACUCUAUGAGAUCUUUUUUCUUUUCUUUUCUUUUCUUUUUUUUUCUUUUUUUAAAAAAAGAAGACAUCAUCAGGAUAUAUCGGUCUAACUCUAUUCAUUAUUUUUUUUUGUGGCUUUACUCCCUGCAUAAGCCUCGUUUUCACAAGGUAUCACCUAUAGCUACGCAUAAUAUCAUUUACCAAGAUAUUUUUGAUCAAGUGUACUGUUGUGUUUUAUGUAUGAGAUGAGAUGUAUUGAUAAUGCAUAAGAAUCUGAUGGAUGAGAUGAUGCUUAAUGGAUGGGAUAAGAAGUGAUAGAUGAUAUACCACUAGAUAUCUGACACUGGACUCUAUAUGAUUAAGAACGUACGUUAUGACUGGAAAAUAUAAAUAAAAAUCGAUUCUAUAGCUUAGACUAAACCUAC